CUUUUUUAUGCUGGUCUUCUACAUCAAACCUAUUGUUCGAAAGUUAGAGCAAUUACCAAGAAAAUUGUGGAGAUUGGAUUCCGAAAAAGAUUAGAAAAGGGAAAGGUUGUGUGCCUGAAAUUUAUUUUGUCACUUUUCCUUUUCCCCAGAUUUUUCAAUAAACGCUAUCUAUUUAUAUACCAUUUGCCUUUCGCAAGGCCAAAUAUGAAGUGUUUGGAUAUGGAGAAAAGAAUCAAUCACAGGAGGAAUGUCUUUAUCAGUAUGUUAUUUAUAGUGUUACAAUCCGCACAGCUUGUAAAAGCGAGUCUAUUUUCUACUUCGGAUGUUUAUAUUUCUUCAAAUCCCGUCAUGCUGUACUCGAAUGGCACCAUUAGGGAAUACCAAUUUUCAGUGUUGGUAGCCAAAGAUUUCAAGUCAGGUAUUGUUCCUUUUGAUAAUUUAACUCAGCCUUCUGCCUCAGGUUUAGAAGGAGUCUUGUAUGACAGGGGAUACUCUUGUCAAUUAAACGUUUCUUCCAUAUUACCGCUGUCAAACAGUAAUAGCAAUAUUCCGGCACCCAGGCUGAUUACUGGCAGCAGCAAAAUUGCAUUAGUCAAAAAAAGGAGGAGGCUGCAAUUUCUACCAAAAAGUUUUUUAUUCAGAACAGGAUGGUGCAGCAGGCGUUAUCAUAUACGACGACGUACCAUUUCGAGAUGAUGAUAACUCCGGAUCAAUGAAAAUUUCAAAAGGAAAUUUGACAAUUACAAUGUAUUAUGUGGAUUUGAAUAUAGGACUAGAGCUUUAUGAUAUGCUACAAUUGACGGCAUCUCAACCGGUUGGUUACAUGGCAGCGAACUCCUCUACAACCAAUGCAGCCAUUACAUUUCAACCAGUGAUAUUAUUGACGAUGCAUCCAGCUGUUGGUGGGUUUCUUAGUGCUU